UAGUAGAAAGCUGGAGAAAGGCAGAGGCUGGCCAGCUGCGUGUGCCACACUCACUACAGGACUUGGAAUUCAGGGGAGGACUCCAACUGGUAAAAUGACAAAAGAUAAGCACCCCUGCUCACCAUUGGCAUGGUGACUAGUUGGAUUGUUAAAAUAAGAAGAGAGGAACUAUAUGAACUAUAUGAUGUCUGGUGGGGGCAGGAGGAGAGAGCCAGCAGAGAGCAGAAGCCCAGGGAUGGAGUGGGAAGGGCAGUCACUAAGACACCAAGUACUUGGACAUUCUGCCACAGGAAGAAAAGGAGAUGAAGGGAAGAAAUUGGGUCACCGGGACUUUGGUUUUCGCUGUCGUCACAGCUGCACUAGGUUCCUUCCAGUUUGGAUAUGAUAUUGGCGUGAUCAACGCACCUCAAGAGGUAAUAAUAUCCCAUUAUGAAUAUGUUUUGGGUAUUCCACUGGAAGACCGAAAAGCUAUCAACAACUAUACUAUCAACAGUACAAAUGACCUGCCCACAAUCCCAUACCUAAGGGAUUCAACACCAACCUCUUUGGCGGAGGAAGAGACUACAACAUCUACUAGCCUCAUCACCAUGCUCUGGUCCUUGUCUGUGUCUAGCUUUGCAGUUGGUGGAAUGAUUGCAUCCUUCUUUGGUGGGUGGCUUGGAGACCAGCUUGGAAGAAUCAAAGCCAUGUUGGUAGCAAAUGUUCUCUCAUUAGCUGGAGCUCUCUUGAUGGGGUUUUCCAAACUGGGACCAUCUCACAUUCUUAUAAUUUCAGGAAGAAGCAUAUCAGGACUCUAUUGUGGGCUAAUUUCAGGCUUGGUUCCAAUGUACAUUGGUGAAAUUGCUCCGACCACACUCAGGGGCGCCCUUGGCACACUUCACCAGCUGGCCAUUGUCACAGGCAUUCUCAUUAGUCAGAUUGUCGGCCUCAACUUCAUCUUGGGCAGUCAUGAGCAGUGGCAUAUCCUGCUUGGUUUGUCUGCUCUGCCAGCCAUCCUCCAGUCUCUGCUGCUCCUCUUCUGUCCUGAAAGCCCCAGAUACCUUUACAUCAAGUUGGAUGAGGAAGUCAAAGCAAAGAAAAGCUUGAAAAGACUCAGAGGAAGUGAUGAUGUCACCAAAGACAUCACUGAGAUGAGAAAAGAAAAGGAAGAAGCAUCAAGUGAACAAAAAGUCUCCAUAAUUCAGCUCUUCACCAAUUCCAGCUACCGACAGUCUAUUAUAGUGGCAUUGAUGCUGCAUAUGGCCCAGCAAUUUUCUGGAAUCAAUGCGAUAUUUUACUACUCAACCAGCAUUUUUCAGACUGCUGGAAUCAGCCAACCUGUUUAUGCAACCAUUGGAGUUGGUGCCGUCAACAUGGUUUUCACUGCUAUCUCUGUAUUCCUUGUGGAGAAGGCAGGGCGACGCUCUCUGUUUCUAAUAGGAAUGAGUGGGAUGUUUGUCUGUGCUAUCUUCAUGUCCGUGGGACUUAUACUACUGAAUAAGUUGGCUUGGAUGAGUUACGUGAGCAUGGUAGCCAUCUUCCUCUUUGUCAGUUUCUUUGAAAUUGGGCCAGGCCCCAUCCCCUGGUUCAUGGUGGCGGAGUUCUUUAGUCAAGGACCGCGGCCUGCUGCUUUAGCAAUAGCUGCAUUCAGCAACUGGACCUGCAAUUUCAUUGUAGCUCUGUGUUUCCAGUACAUUGCGAAGUUCUGUGGACCUUAUGUGUUUUUCCUCUUCGCUGGAGUGGUCCUGGCCUUUACUCUGUUUACAUUUUUCAAAGUUCCGGAAACCAAAGGAAAGUCCUUUGAGGAAAUCGCGGCAGAAUUCCGAAAGAAGAGUGGCUCAGCCCAAGCGCCCAAAGCCGCCGUGGAAAUGGAAUUCCUUGGAGCCUCAGAGACUGUGUAAAGAUUAUCUGAUUUGGGACAUAAAAAGGAAUAGAAAGGAGGUUGUGUGUUUUUAAAUGACAGUUCUUUGAGAAUAUUAUAUCUACAUCUUGAAGGAUUGUUUUCUUUUUUAGAGAACGUUUCUGGGUUCUUCUCAGUAAUGUCAUCAAGUAUUACCAAAAAAAGUAUUUUUUUAAGUUAGAGCAUCUAUUUUUGAUAGUAAGACUCUGUAAUUAAGUAAACCAAAAGUCUAGCUCAUUUUGCUCUCCCAAAGGGCAAGUACAUUCUAAUGUUGCUAGCUCUACUCUUUUUUUUUUAAGAGGGGGUGCUGGGGAGGGGAAGAAAGAGAGAGAAUCUUAAGCAGGCUCCGCACUCAGCACGGAGCCCAGCGUGGGGCUCAAUCUCACAACUGUGAAAUUGUGACAUGAGCCAAAAUCAAGAGUCGGAUGCUUAACUGACUUAGCCACUCAGGUAUUCCCCCAGUUCUAUUUUUUAUAACAAGGUUCUCCUGAAAUGAAAGCUGUUUCAAUAUAUCACGUUAAUGCUUCAUUAAGCAUGUAGCUAGAAACCUGAAGAUGCAACUAAUUUACAUAUAUGCAUAUGAUUAUGUUGGAAUUUUCUUACCUAUGGACCUCAUACUAAAGAUUUGGCUAGUGGCAAUAAGGUCCGUGUUAAAAUUGAUAACUUUUCCUUUUCUCCCACUCAGCUUUUUUUCUUGCAUAUUGAAUUUAUAUUGUUUAAUGUUUUAUUUUGUAUUUUCAUGUGGAAUGGUUUGUGAAUAUAUUAAGAUAUGUGCGUAAAGAAAAACUUUUAUUUUUGGUAGACUUACCAAAUCUUUCAGAACUCAGGGAAAAACAUUAGUUCCUUGGCUUGAUUUUUUGUAAGAUUAAACACUUGAAAAGAGUUUAUUGGUCAUGUAGCCUGGGUUAUCAGUUAAUAUUACUAACUAUUAUAAACUAUGUUAAUUCUUUGCUGGUUCAAUCCUUGGAGCUAUAUUUUGGUUUGCUUUUAAUAUUGAACACAGCCUGGUUUUCUGAGCUGUGUUUUUAUAAAAUACAUCCAAAUAGUGAUUAAGUUGGGCAUUUUUGUAUCUCCUCAAAUGCUAAAUACGUUACAGCAGCCUAAGGGAAAUUUGAAAUAAAGGUUUGCUCUGUUUGUUAAAAAGGAUUUUCUGAAUUAUGUUUCAAGACAAGGUGAAAGAGGAGGUUGGAGGAUUCCUCAAUGGGGGCUUCUGAAACUUCCUGAAUGUUCAGUUUCAGACUUCAUCAAAAUCCCUAUUUACAUUUCUGGUUAGAUGAUCAUCCCUCUUGAUGUUUCUUCUUUGUCAUGGCAAUCUAUGGAUGCUAUCUCAGCUAUUCUAUUGCUAUUGCUAACAUUUACUAUGUACUAUCUAUGUGCCAGGCACUGUCCUAAGUGCUUUUACCUAUGUAGGCAAAUUGGAAAUACACAGAUGAUUAAACAGACUUUCAUUUACAGUCAGUUUCACAACUAUGGAAAUACAGUUCUGAUGGAUACCAAAGGCUUAGCAGGCAGCUAAAAUAUCUCCAGGCUGUUUUCCCCACAACGUGGAGUACUGAGUCAAUCCUUUCAAUGUUUGCUUUAAUGUGCUUAAAAGAAAGGCACUUUUUUAGAGUACUUUUUAUGAGUGGAGGGAAAAAAAAUGCAGAACACUAGUUUUUUGGUUUUGGUUUUUUUCCCUAAGUUGUUUACUUUUUACAUAAUUUGGCAGUCCAAACAACAUAAAAUUAUUUCUUUUCACUUUGCUUUUUAUUCCCUUUGGGCCAAUUUGGAAUAAAUUAUUUUUACUUAAGACUUCAGGAUACAGUUAAAGAGAGCUUAAAUAUUUCAGAAGAUUUUUGUACUAACUUGUGAAUCUAGGUAAAAAUAUGGGGACUCUGAACAGGGCAGGAUCAGGGGAAUGGCUCUUGUGUGGCUCUUGUCUGUCCUCUUGUUGGUGGUCUUUGAGAAGCCCAAAGUCACACUGAUAAAGAAAUUUAACAUUUUUCUAGGUGAUGAGUGUGAUUUAAUCCAAUUGCUAUUCCUGAUCUCAUUUACUAAGAAAAGUUAAGUUUAAAUGAAGAACCCAAAAGAUCACUUUUAACUUCUAAUUGGUUAUUUCAACUGACACAUAAACACCAGAAAUUCAGAGCCUGAAGUUUUCUGCCUCAGAGAAACUAAAGUAAUUUACAAUGUUUCCCUUCCUUAUUUUUUUCCUUGCAGAGAUACAAGUGUGUUGAAAAGAAACCUUAAUGUCAAGUAAUGAGCAGUCAAAGCGUUGUAGCCGGACAAAGGAACUAGCUUCACAUAAUAGAAACUCCUAGGUCUUCAAUGGGAUACCUCAUAACAAAUGCUAAAAUUGGCCCUGAUUAACUAGAUAGAAUCCAAGGGAAUUAGCUAUGAGUUUGAACAUUUAAUUUUCAUAGUAGUCUAUGAUGUUUGUGGAAGUGUUUUCAUACCCUAACGUCCUAACAAAUGUGACUUUUCUCUUAGCCUGUUAGAAGCAUGAUUGCAAUUCUUGGUCUGGCCACUCUCCUAGCUAUUGCCCACUGCCAUCACCUCAGUGAAAGGGACUUCUCUAACUUUCUCCUCUAUUCAGUCAACACUGUGAUGGGGCUGAGAUACACUAAGACACUGCCCGCCUCCUCCUCCAGAAGCUCACAGUCUAAUAAGCAGUUCAGGAAGACCAGGGUAUGAAUAUUCCCAUCUGUGCCUUUUGCCAUGCAUGAACCGUGACAUGGAGGCCUCUCUUGUAAAAUGGGCACAGCAGUAUUACCUACCUCAGAGAGCUGUGAGCAUUGUAGUAGAGUUCCUGCUACACAGGAGGUGCUCAAUAAAUGUUACCUAGAAUUAGUAUUCAUUAAGAUACUGCUAAGAUAAAAGUUUGUCGUAUACAAGAUAGUUCCAAAUUUUUCCUUUCUUUUUUUAAAGUUUCCCCCCAAAUGUAUCUUUUGAAUAUAAGAAAUUUUAUAAAUUCAAGAUAAUAUUUUCUUACUUCAAGCAACAAUCUUACAAUGACAGGGGAAUGGUAAAAAUUAGGGGAGAUAUUAGGCUAUUCUAAUUCCUAAACCCAAACAACAUUUCUAAGUUGGUUAUGAGUUUUUAUUGUAUUUUUAAAGUUUGAUUUUGCCUAAGUUAUGUUAUUUUUUAAGAGGUCACUAUAAUAUUAUGUCUUGGAUAAUACCAAGUACACAGUAAAAUGCUGUCUAUUUAAAUGUAAUUCAGCAAGAUUAUAAUCACAGGACAAGACCAAACCUUCUUGGUAAACCUCAAAAAUUGCAAAAGUGUUGUAUGUACACGUAAACCCGUGUGCGUGCAUAAGCUACUUCUGGCUAGCUUAUUAAAACAAACACAUGCAGGAAAUAAGGCAACAUUAGGCGAUAUCUUGUGUUUAUGGGUGUCCUAAGCAGAGGUGUUGAGUAAAGGAUAAAAGAAUAUAUAUUUUUCUUUAUAAUUCUAUCCAUGACCACUCCAGCCAUCUGCUGGUGUUUUUACUGCUUUCUAAUUUGGUGCACAUUAGAAAGAAUCAUAGUGAAAAGAGACUUGUAGUUAGGGGUAUAUAUCCACUAGAGUUUUAUGUCAAUGAAUACAUUUCUGAAUGCUUAGUGUUGCUUCCUUUUAUAUUAAAAAUAACUACAUUUAAGAAAAUAAAUAUUGGUUUUUCUGUA